UUCACCCCAUCAGAACUUUUGAUAGAGUUAUUUAGUUCACACAUGAGUGACGGUCAGGUGACAGACAAGUGGAACCUCAAUCUAAUCGGAGACUCCAGGGCAUUUUAUGUCUGAAAGAUCUGCUUUGGACUUACGGUGAAGCUACCAAUUAAUAUCGGAUUAACAUCUGAGGAAAAGUUGCUAUGAUAGAAGAACUUGUAGAAAGUUCAAAUUUGUGAAAUCCACAAUGAAUAACAACAGCGAAAGGAGGCGAUUGCUAGCUUCAUCGGGACCAGGGCGCUUAAAUAACAGAGCAAUAUGGCGACGCAGAUUUGCCUGCUUUACAAUACUCUCAUCAGAAAUGUUCGAGAGAAUCGCUUUCUAUGGAAUCGCAGGAAAUCUCGUCUUAUUCUUGAACGAAGAACCAUAUCUUUGGACGUCAUACAACUCUGUCAAUGCCCAGGCCUUUUUCUUCGGAAUUUCAUAUUUGAUGUCUCUGGUCGGGGGUUUCAUGGCAGACAGUGGUUGUGGAAAAUACAGAAGCAUUAUUUUGGCCUUUAUUUUUUACCUUGGUGGGUAUUUGUUUAUGCCAUUUAUGGCGCCGAACCCUUCCAACCUAAAAGCUGACUGGGACUGGGAUGUCGUGAAAAAUGUUACAAGAAAAAAAGCUCCAGCUUUCUGCAGAACUGAAACCACAGGCUGGUACGUUAUAGGCAAUAAGAGCUCAAGUGGAGAUGAUGAUAACCACAGAUAUCCUUGGACUGAACAGUGUGCGUGGGCGGCAUACUUGUCUCUUUUCAUCAUGGCAUGUGGUGUGGGAAUCGUGAAAGCAAAUUUGGCACCUUUCGGAGCUGAGCAGGUUCGUCGUGAUGGAGCAGAGGUGAUGCGGACGUUUUUCAACUGGUACUACUGGUGUGUUAACAUAGGGGCAUUUUUAUCACUUACAAUCAUAGCUUAUGUGCAGCAAAAUAUCGAUUUCUUCCGUGGAUACUUAAUACCUCUAGUAUGCCUUGGAGUCUCAUUCCUUCUGUUUGUCAUAGGUACUCCUGCCUACAUUAGGAGGCCGGCUACCGGGAGUGUUCUUACCAAUAUUUUCAAGAUUAUAGGUGAAGCAUUUAGGAACCGAAGAAAUAGAAAAGUAAUUGAUGGGCAGUUACCUUUCCAUAGUGAAGAACACGUCGACUCUGCAGACUUGUCACACAGUAGUAAACCCACAGACUGUCUGGACUAUGCCAAAGUGCGCUUUGGAGGCAGCUACCAUGAGUCUAUGGUAGAUGAUGUCAAGGCCUUGGGGAAAAUUAUGAUGGUCUUCUCAGCACUCAUUCCAUAUUGGAUGGUGUAUUUUCAGAUGGAAUCCACAUUUCUUGUGCAAGGUCUUCACAUGAGUCUGAGUAUAUUUGAACCCAAAAAGGAAUAUGACGUACCAGUUGCCAGUCUUUCUCUUUUUGAUGUCCUCUUUUUGUUGUUUCUAAUCCCUCUGUUGGACAGAUGUGUCUAUCCUAAACUUGACCGCUCUGGAAGACAGUUUAGCAUGAUCUCCCGUAUUACAGUUGGACUGUUGUUUUCUGUCCUUGCUGUUGCAAUGGCGGGGGGUAUUGAGACAAUACGAUUACAUGAUGUACAUAACAACGGGAUCAUCAUACAGGAAAUUGGAAACACUUCAUAUAAUGCUUCACACCUAAGUAUCCUGUAUCAGAUUCCACAGUACUGCCUAAUUGGUAUCAGUGAGGCUUUUGCCAGUGUCGCAGGUCUGGAGUUUGCCUACUCUCAAUCUCCAGCUUCUAUGCAGAGCAUCAUUAUGGGGUUGUUUUGGCUUUUUAGUGGAAUUGGGGCUUUGCUGGGUACUUUUUCCAUGGUUUGGUUCCAGGGUGUGUGGUUUUUUGACCAGGAUAAUGGAAAUAUAAACUGUAAGUUUACAUGUGGUAAGAAUAAGACAUGUGAAUGCCACCUGGACUACUACUAUUACUUUUUAGCAGGGCUCCAGCUUGUUGGACUUCUGAUUUUCUUUGUGGCUGCUAGGUAUUAUAGGCUGGGUGAAGUUAAAAAGAAAAAGAGAACACAAAACGGCCUUGGUAAUAUAAGCGAUGAUUCGAGCCACGUGCAGAAAACUAUCUUUGAUGGAUGAUAAACGUGAUUACCAUACUCAAUUGGUUUUUCAAUGACAUCAAGUCAAAACGUACAAAAUAUGCACUUGGCUUAAGUAAUGGCAUGUAUUUAACAUUUAGAACUGCAUUCAGGUUUUAUCAAGUUCAAACUGUGGGAGAAAUUUUUUGUAAAUUUUGAAACUUUUUGUAUCUUGCCAUUAAGCCAUAUCAUUUAUUGAGUUUUUAAAUUGUUUAUGUAAAAUGUUACUCUGCAGCAUAUGCUGUUGAUAUGUUGAAGUGUUGUUCUUCUUCACCUGAGUUGCUUUUUGUUAGAAGAUGAGCCAAUAUAAGGGCUAGAAUUCAGGUUAAAAGUUUCCUAUAAGGCCAUCUCAGUCUUUGCAGCAUGUUAUAAACAACAAUUUAAACUGAUACCCAGAUAAGAGCCACUAGAAAUAGUCCAUAUCAAAUGUAUUAUGUACGUCAAAGACUAUGACCCCAUUUCCAUAGAUUUUAGAUCGAUCUAUCCCUGUGGGGAGUCUCACUAGAUUACUGUCAGCUUAG